AUGAAGAUAUCUCAUUUCCAGCCUUUGCUUCUUCUUCUCCUCGCAUCAUCACUCUUCUUCUUACCCGCAUUACGCGCUGUCGGUUUUGAAUACUGCAACAAAAGUGGAUACGCUUUCGGUACCGUGUCUCGUGUGGAGAUCUCUCCGAACCCGAUUGAGCCUGCCGACUACGAGCUAAGCAUUACAGUCUUUGGUUAUGCAAGCAAAAGCAUCGAUGUUGGAUCUAUAGAGGUGUACGCUAAAUCUGAGAACAUUACAGACAUUUUAAGACGCUCUCCAAUCUCCCCUAUUAAAGCUGGCACCAACUUUGAAUUUCCUCUUUCCGAAGUUCCUAAGGAUAUACUUGAGGGUGAGUACAAGUAUGUCGUAGCUUUGCUUGAUGAUAAUGUGGGAGACCCUGAAAAGCCGGUACUGUGUGUCGACUUUGAUUUACCUACUUCAGCGCUCACAUUGGUCUCUUCUGCUUAG